GCACAGCGAAGCGCAGUUCCUGACAGCCCGCGAGAGCUAAGCGAUCGACACCACCCGCGUGCACCCCGCCCAUGCAGCCCUCGCAUAUUGAGCAGGCUCCAUGUCGCCCUCCAUUGUGUGUCGCGGCGAGACCGCUCUUCUGCGUACGCGUGACAGUCGACGCCGAAAACGAAAACCCCGGCGAUGGUGUCGAAACCGUUGUCGCUGUUGAUGAUAGCUCUGAUCACGCGUCCGUUGUCGGGCCAGGUGAUUGACAUCGGCAGUUGUCCGGCGGUCAAGGUGCAGGAGAAGCUGGAUCCGAACAAGUUUUCAGGCAAGUGGUUCGAGAUCGAGCGUACCUUUGCCAGGCGAAGCAAUCAGCGGCUGCAUUGCGUCAGCGUCGAGUACUACUACGACGGCCAGGGAAAGUUCUCUGCGGUCAACAGCGCCGUUCUGCCCAAUGGACACACCAACCGCGUCCUGGGUGAGCUUACGAUCCUCAACAAUACAGAACCAGCCAAGAUGUCAAUGAAGUUUUACGCUAGGAAUCCGGAGCAACGCCCAUUUUGGGUGCUUUACACAGACUACGACAAGUGUGCCAUCGUGUACCGCUGCCGCCGUUCCCUGUGGCUGCACACUAUGUACGUUUGGAUCCUCUGCCGAAACCACACAGUAACGGAGCCUUACCUCGCAAAUCUGCGUGGUUACGUCCAGCAGUGGACUGGCAUUCCAACACGCCUGUUCAGCAAGACACCUUGCAAGUAGCUGUCGCUUC